GGGCGGGGCCGCUGCCGGAUCUUGCGGAGGGGCGGACCGGGGGCGGUGGCCCAGCGGGGCGCGCUCGGCCCCUGAGGUGCGGGAGUUCAGAGCGCGUCGGCUUAGCUGGCGGCUACGGCAGAGAGGCGUGCGGGUCGGGAUGUCAGAACAGCCUACGAUCCCGGAGCAGAGCGCGCCGGACUCGCGGCGCGCAGGCUUCGUGCUGGGGAUGGACGUAGGCAGCUCGGUGAUUCGCUGCCACGUCUAUGACCGCGCGGCACGGAUCUGCGGCUCCAGCGCGCAGAAGGUAGAAAGUCUUUAUCCUCAGGCUGGCUGGGUUGAAAUUGAUCCUGAUAUUCUCUGGCUUCAGUUUGUUGCUGUAAUAAAAGAAUCUGUCAAAGCUGCAGGAAUAGAAAUGAAACAAAUUGUUGGUCUUGGCAUUUCAACACAGAGAGCAACUUUUAUCACAUGGGACAAGAAAACAGGAAAGCAUUUCCACAACUUCAUUAGUUGGCAAGACCUAAGAGCUAUUGAACUUGUAAAAUCUUGGAAUAAUUCUCUUUUAAUGAAGCUCAUACACAGUUCCUGCCGAGUACUGCACUUUUUCACUAGAAGUAAACAAUUUCUAGCAGCCAGUUUGUUCACUUUCACAACUCAGCAUGUUUCUUUGAGAUUGGCCUGGAUUUUGCAGAACCUGACUGAGGUGCGAAAGGCAGUGGAGGAAGAAAAUUGCUGCUUUGGGACUGUUGAUACCUGGCUGUUACAUAAGCUCACAAAAGGUUCUGAAUUUGCCACGGAUUUUUCAAAUGCCAGCACAACUGGACUUUUUGAUCCAUAUGAGAUGUGUUGGAGCAAGAUCAUUACCUCCCUGCUUUCAAUCCCGCUGUCUCUCCUGCCUCCUGUGAAGGAUACGAGCCACAAUUUUGGAUCAGUAGAUGAAGAGAUAUUUGGUGUGCCUAUACCAAUAGUGGCCUUGGUCGCUGACCAGCAAUCAGCCAUGUUUGGAGAAUGUUGCUUUCAGACGGGAGAUGUGAAGUUAACCAUGGGGACUGGGACAUUUUUGGAUAUUAAUACUGGAAAUAAGCCUCAACAGAGUGUUGGAGGCUUUUAUCCAUUAAUUGGGUGGAAGAUCGGACAAGAAGUGGUGUGCUUAGCUGAAGGCAACGCGGGGGACACAGGCACUGCCAUAGCGUGGGCUCAGCAGUUAGAUCUGUUCACAGAUGCUGCUGAAACUGAAAAAAUGGCCAAAAGCUUGGAAGAUUCUGAAGGAGUUUAUUUUGUUCCAUCUUUUAGUGGAUUGCAGGCUCCAUUAAAUGACCCCUGUGCAUGUGCCUCUUUCAUGGGUUUGAAGCCUUCCACCAAUAAAUACCACCUUGUCCGAGCAAUCUUGGAGUCUAUAGCUUUCAGAAACAAACAGUUAUAUGAGAUGAUGCAGAAAGAGAUCCAUAUUCCUGUAAGAAAAAUUCGGGCAGAUGGAGGAGUUUGUAAGAACAGUUUUGUGAUGCAGAUGACUUCAGACCUGAUCAAUGAGACUAUAGACAGACCCGUCCACAUUGAUAUGUCAUGCUUAGGCGCAGCUUCUCUAGCUGGCCUUGCUGUUGGGUUUUGGAGUGACAAGGAGGAGCUAAAGAAACUGAGGCAAAGUGAAAUGGUUUUCAAGCCCCAGAAGAAAUGGCAAGAAUAUGAAAUGAAUAUGGGGAACUGGGUCAAAGCCGUGAAACGCUCCAUGAAUUGGUAUAAGACGUAACACUGGUGGAAUGGCUGAAACCACGGAGGGCUGAUCGUCGUGAUGUGCAGCUGAGCCAAAACUCGGGAAUAACAACGAGACCGACCGUGACCGAGAGGAGGCUUAAACUGAGCUUUGCAACCCCAGAGAAAAAGCCCUGCUUUUUGUAAAACAAAACAAAAUACCCAUUAAAAAAAAAAAUCUAAACCUUGGUGAGAGAUUGUAAGGCAACAAUACCUCAGAAUUUCUAAAUCUUCGUUUUGUACCAAAUUCCAAAGGACAUUAGCCAUUUCCAACUAUGUUUUGACUCUCACGGGCCCUCCUCCUUUUUGUACUGGGCCUCCUUUUUGUACUGGGCCUCCUUUUAAUUACAAUGAAAGUAAUUGUUUAUUGUCUGAGUUCAUGAUUCCAGGUUUGUUCCAAAAUGAUGUGGAAAGUGUUCCCUUAAUUCUUUAAAAUUGAGUGAGGUACUCAAAGUCCAUAUAGAUAGAAAGAAAGAAAAUGACUGAGGAAACAGGGAAUUUUGAAACAUCAAUAUUUUUUGUUGAAAGCCAUAAUUGUUCAAUGUUGUAUCCAAUAUUAACUCAAUAUGUCUCUCUCAGAUAGGCUUACUUGAUGGCCAGUUGUUUCCUUUAUUGAGCUUAAAGGCACUGCCUUAAUUUUCCCUUGUUUAACUAAAAUCUGAGCUUUUUUUAUAUAUUGCGAAACUCUGAAAAAAAUAAUUUUAGUUAAUACAACCAAAAAGGUUAUCGAUUCAUAAGGAACAAGAAAGUACUAGGUUGGCCAAAAGUUUCCAUAACAUUUUAUGGAAAAACCUGAAUGAACUUUUUGGCCAGCCCAAUACUUCUCAGAUAGCAUUUCUUUCAAAAACUUCUGCCUGAAGUAUAACAUCUCAUUUUUUAUAAAAUGCAGGUAGUAGAUACAAAUCUUGCCUUUCUUCUCCUGUUCCUUAUUUGUUGAGAUGCUAGUGUAAACAUCUUUUGUUUUUAUUAAGUGCCUGGUUGACAGAGCUUCCUUUGAAGACAGUGCCCUAAUUGAUUGGCGACUCAAGAAUUGCCUUCACUGGGGUAUUUUACUUGUGUGUUGGUGUCUUAUUUUAGCCCAGUCUACUCAUCUCACCAAGAUCGCUGCUGACAGGGGAUGGGAAUGCAGUUGUGCUAGUGACUGACCCUCACACACUGAGCCAGAGGUCACAGGGAGGAGCCAGGGAGAGGUCUCCAUUGUCAGACUCUCUUUAUGGAAACAGGGUAGAGAGGUGAGUGUUGUGAGAAGCUUCAGGCCGGGUGUAAAGUCGUCCUAAGACAAGUUGAUCACCUUCCAGCAUCUUCUCCUGUUAUCUGCCCCUCCCUACUUGUGGACUGGGUUCCUUUUUUUUUUUAAUUGGCGUAUGAUUGAUUUACAAUGUUGUUAGUUUCUGCUGUACAAUGAAGUGAAUCAGCUGUCUGUAUACAUAUAUACAUAUAUCCCCUUCCUCUUUGACCUCCCUCCUUUCUCACCCCAUCCCGAGUUCCUUUUAGAUUUGUAGUAAUAAUGUAUUUCCCUCUUAGUCAGACUUUAUCCCAUAAAGUCCUACAGUUACAGAGCUAGCUGCUAGAUAAUGUAAUCAAAGAAGUGACUAUUUUUCUUUCUUUUUAAAAUUUUAAAUUCAUUUAUUUUUUAAUUAAAGCAUAAUUGCUUUACAGAAUUGUGUUGGUUUCUGCCAGACAUCAACAUGGAUCAACCAUAGGUGUACAUUGCCCCCUCCCACCUCCCUCCCCAUCCCACCCCUCUAGGUUGAUACAGAGCCCCAGUUUGAGUUCCAAAUUGUGCAGCAAAUUCCCAUUGGCUGUUUGUUUUCCAUAUGGUAAUGAAGAAGUGACUUUCUUAGAGAAUUUUGCUGUUGCUAUCACAUAUGUCCAUCUCAGAGACAGACAGUGAAGUCAAAGUCGCUCGGUCAUGUCCGACUCUUUGCAACUCCAUGGACUAUACAGUCCAUGGAAUUCUCCAGGCCAGAAUACUGCAGUGGGUAGCUUUUCCCUUCUCCAGGGAAACUUCCCAAUUCAGGGAUCAAACCCAGGUGUCCUGCAUCGUAGGAGGAUUCUUUUGCAGCUGAGCCAUGAGGGAAGCCCAAAAUAGUCAGAGUCAGAGACAGAUAAGAUCACAGAUAUUGGAUUUGGAAAUAUUUUUGUUAAACGAAGGUGUUUUGUUUACAAUAAUAAAUCAGCUCCCUUAUGUAGAUAAUAUUUUCAUUCUUUCAGUUUCUCACAUCCUUUUUUUUUUUUUUUACAAACUUAGUGACCAAUUAUAAGCUUUCUUAUAGAAGUCAUUUGAAAGCUGCUCUGUUGUUUUGCUAUUCCUUAUUGACUGCUUCUCAGAGGGUAUGAUUUCCAUAGGAAAUCAUUCUUUUUGUAUUAGGAUAUAAUGCAUUGUAAUAUUAUUAACACCUAAGUGUUUGUUAGUUUAUUCAUUUUCCACAUUAUUCUUUCUUAUCAUAAAAUCACAAAAUAAAGGAGAAAUAUAUUUUAAUAAUGGGUACAGGAAAAUAAUUUUGAAUAUCUUUGACUGGAGUUGAGCAUCUCCUCAAAAAUCACUAAGUUUUUUCUUCUGUUAGUUUAGGAGAUAAUCUUUUAUUUUUAGUAUCUCUGGCUUUUUUCUUAGGAACGGAGUUAUUUAAUUUUUUGUCAGAUUUGAUCUAAAUCACAAACGUGACCACAUUGGUUUCUGUGGUUGUAGAAACUGUUGAUUAUCAAAAUCAAUUGAGCAAAAAUAUUGUCCUAUCUUUCUAGUUUAUUUGUCAUGUGUAUGCUGAUAAUUGAAGUUAAAACUAUUUCUGUGUUAAUAUUUCUCAGCAUGUUUUAUUUCCUCACUAUGGAUCUACUAGAUCCAUAGGAGAGCUGUAGCUAUCUUGUCAAGGAGGAGAAUCUUACUGUACAGUCCUUCUUAAAGUGGUUCUAAAUGCUUUUAUACUCUAGACUUACUGAUUUUUAAAUUUUUUAAUAUCCAACCACACCUUGGCUUCUCAGCCUCAGCAUCAUUGACAUUUGAGGGCAGAUAAUUCUUUGUUUUGGGGUGCUGUGUAUUAUAUGAUGUUUAGUAGCAGAUCCCUGAGCUUCACCCUCUAGCAUCUCUCUACUUACUGUGGCAAAAUGUCUCCAGCAUUGCCAAAUGUGCCUGGGAGACAAAUGACCCCAGCUGAGAAGCUCCGAGGUAGGCUGUUGGAAGAAAAUUGAAGACUCAGUGAAUUCAGAGUGUCUGUCCUACUCCUUUUCUCUCUCCUUCAUUGUUACCUUAGGAAACAGUUAGCAAAAAGAAGUGAUACUAUUUUAAAAUAAAUAGUGGUUCUUCUUUGCUGGUUAAUAAGGUGGGGGAAAAUGUCAUGUUGUAGUCGUUUUCUGCUGUUUUUACCCAGCUACCCUCACCCCCCGGAGAAGGCAAUGGCGCCCCACUCCAGUACUCUUGCCUGGAAAAUCCCAUGGACAGAGGGGCCUGGUAGGCUGCAGUCCAUGGAGCUGCUGGGAGUUGGACACGACUGAGCAACUUCAC